AGCUUCCGACCUUCUUAAUUCUGUCUUUGCCAAUUUCUUUUUCCUCCCGAAGAAUCAAAUGAAUCUCAGCAUUUUUUUAUUCUGAAUGGGAGAUGGAGACCCCCCUUGUCCCUGCGUAAUCUAGAGGAUGUCGUCUAAAGUUGGAGCUGGAAAGAAGAUUGGGGAGGAUUCAGGUAGUGGGAAGUUGUUGAAUGAAGUUGAAGUGUUUAGCAAAGCUCAUUCUUUAGACAAAAGCAAAAAACCUUCAGUGUCGCCUAGUACUCGGUCUAAACCAUAUGGGAAACCAGGCCUGCCUGAACCAAGACCCAAGAUUAAGCUUGGUAAUGAGGACCCUUCACAGAAAGAAAAGAAGUCCCUUUGGAAUUGGAAAUCCACGUUUUCAAAUGUUAGAAACCGUAGGUUCACUUGUUGUUUCUGUCUCCAAGUUGGCAGCAUUGAAGGUUUGCCACCGAGUUUCAAUGACAGAAGUGUUUGCGUGCACUGGAAAUUGAGAGAUGGGGGUCUGGUGACCCGCCCUGCAAAGUUUCUUGAUGCAACGGCUGAAUUUGGAGAGAAGACGAGAGAUGGGGGUCUAGUGACUCGUCCUGCAAAGGUUCUUGAUGGAACUGCUGAAAUUGAAGAGAAACUGACUUAUACUUGUUCAGUAUAUGGGAGUAUGAGUGGAUCUCAGCGGUCAGCAAAGUAUGAGGCAAAGCAUUUCCUGCUCUACGCUUCUGUCUCUGAAGCACCAGAACUUGAUUUGGGGAGGCAUCGAGUUGACUUUACAAGGUUGCUUCCACUUACAUUGGAGGAACUUGAGGAAGAGAAGAGCUCAAGGAAAUGGAAAACAAGUUUUAAAUUGUCUGGAAAGGCUAAGGGUGCAACAAUAAAAGUUAGUUUUUCGUAUAGAGUUAUUGGGGAUAGACCGGCUUCAUCUGUGGGUAAUAAUCUGAGUCCCAGGAAGCCAGCUUCUGGAUUUGGUCAUGAGAAUUUCGAGGACGACAUAAGGCGUGUUGAAAGUCAUCCUAGUUUAGUUAAGUGCAAGUCUCUUCCCUUGUCUCCGUCUGAAAUUGACUUGAAAGAUCUUCAUGUGCUGUUGCCAAUGUCAAGGUCAGAGCUAGCUAGUCCAGUAACUCUGCUGUAUCAGAAUUUUGAUGAAGACAAGUCUGAUUGUUCAGUCAAUUAUACGCCUGAGUCAGAUGUGUUUACUGAAUCCUUUAAGCCCAUAAAACCACAGUUCUAUUCUAUGCCUGAAUCAAGUAAAGAAAAUAUUGAAAUCAAAAUGCAGGAUAAAGAGUGUUCUGUGGUUGAAAAAGCAGUACAGUUACUAUCAAAUGAUCAGGCUAAGUUAGAGGAGGAUGCCAUAAUGGCUGUUGAUGUAUAUACAGUGGAGAGACCUCAAGUUGUUGAAAUUGAUCCUGGUGUAGGAGUAAAUUCUGAAAAAGACACUCAGCUUCAGCCAUCAAUCGAGGAUGGGCUUGUGGUGCAAGCUCACAAUUCCAAAGAGGAUGACCAGUGCUCAAAAGAAUCAUUAUUGAAAGAUUUGGAGGUAGCUUUAAGGAGUGUUUCGAAACUAGAGACAGAGUUAGAUUCUCCUGAAGACCAAAGUGACUUGGAGAUUCAAAAAAAGUAUGAACGUAGUGGGGAGAGUGGAUCAGACAACCUGGAUGAAAUUACUCAAACUGUGGCGAGUGAAUUUCUGAACAUGUUUGGUGUUGCACAUAGUCCAUUUGGUUUGAGUUCUGAGAGUGAAUCUGAGUCUCCAAGGGAGCGCUUGCUAAGGCAAUUUGAGAAGGAUACCCUAGCCAAUGGUUGUCCAUUAUUUGGUUUUGACAUGGCUGACAGGGAACAACCAGAACACAGCUAUGACAGUCAAACUGCAUCUCCCUGGGGAAAGAAGUCCGAGGAUUUUGCUGGGUCAUCACCUAUCCCAAUUGCAAAGGAAGACGGCCAAAUAGCAACCCGCGAAAGGGGCAAGACAAUGGCUAAGAUUUUGGAAGACUUAGAAACAGAAGCUUUAAUGCGUAAGUGGGGACUGAAUGAGAACGCUUUUCAAUGUUCUCCACCUGACUGUUCUAGUGGGUUUGGGAGUGAAGUACAUUUAUCUCCUGAAGAGCUCCUUGAUUUGCCUCCUCUUGGAGAAGGUUUGGGUCCAUUCCUUCAGACAAAAAAUGGAGGCUACUUGCGGUCUAUGAAUCCAUCACUUUUCAAGAAUGCUAAAAAUGGUGGGAGCUUGAUCAUGCAGGUUUCUAGUCCAGUCGUAGUUCCUGCAGAAAUGGGUUCCAGUAUAAUGGAGAUACUACAACGACUGGCUUCUCUUGGAAUUGAGAAGCUUUCUAUGCAGGCAAAUAAAGUGAUGCCUUUAGAAGACAUAACUGGGAAGACAAUGCAGCAGGUAGCUUGGGAAGCUGCACUAACCCUGGAAGGACAUGAGAGGCAGUGUUUUUUGCAGCAUGAAUCUAAGGUUGGGCAAGAGAUAUCUGGUGGGCAUAAAGAAGUUGGAGGAAGGCCAUUUGGAUCCCACUCUAACAGAUUUAAUUCAAUCUCUGCCAAUGAGAUGGGCUCUGAGUAUGUAUCCCUUGAAGAUCUUGCUCCUAUGGCUAUGGAUAAGAUUGAAGCACUCUCGAUGGAAGGGUUGAGAAUACAAUCUGGCAUGUCUAAUGAGGAGGCACCUUCAAACAUCAGUACUCAGUCUAUUGGGGAAAUUUCGGCCCUCCAAGGCAAGGAGGUUAGUCUCAGUGGUUCCCUAGGUUUGGAGGGAGCUGCUGGAUUGCAGUUAUUGGACAUAAAAGACACUGGUAAUGAUGUUGAUGGAUUAAUGGGGCUGUCACUUACCCUGGAUGAAUGGAUGCGGCUUGAUUCUGGUGAAAUUGAUGAUGAAGAUCAAAUAAGUGAGCAGACUUCAAAAAUUCUUGCUGCCCAUCAUGCUAACUCAUUGGACUUUAUUCGUGGAAGAUCAAAGGGUGGGAAACGGGGCAAGAAAUGUGGGUUGCUAGGAAAUAAUUUCACAGUGGCACUAAUGGUUCAACUUCGGGAUCCUCUGAGAAACUAUGAGCCGGUAGGUGCUCCAAUGCUUGCAUUUAUUCAAGUAGAAAGAGUGUUUAUACCACCAAAACCAAAAGUAUACUGCAGAGUUUCAGGGUUCAGGAAUAACAGCAGAGAGGAUGAUGAGUCUGAGUCUGCAGUGAAAGAGGAGGCAGAAGAAAUGGAAAAUGAAGGAGCUGCCAAAGAGGAAGGAAGCCCUCAAUUUAGAAUCACAGAAGUACAUCUUGCCGGUUUGAAGCCUGAGACUGGGAAUAAGAAACUUCUCGGUAGCACAACCCAACAACAGUCUGGUUCUCGUUGGUUACUUGCUAAUGGAAUGGGAAAAGGCAAUAAGGUCAUGAAGUCGAAGGUUGUUCCUAAACCUUCAACCUCCACAAGAAGUAAGGUUCAGCCAGGUGACACGUUGUGGAGCAUCUCAUCCCGCAUACUUGGUACUGGGGCUAAUUGGAAAGGAGUUUCAGCACUCAAUCCACACAUUCGAAAUCCUAAUGUCAUCUUCCCAAAUGAAACUAUCAGUUUAAUGAGUUGAACAUGGAUUUCUGCCUGGUAAGAUUCUCAUUCUCUGAGGCAAACACACAGAGAUUUGAUCGUCUAAAAGAAUGGAUGCAACGAUGCAGCUAUCAAAACAACCACAUGAGAACCAAUUCUACAGCAUAUACAGAUUCUUUGCUCUUGCUUUGGCACUCCCUUGUAAUAAACAAUGUCUUGAUUA